AUGUAAAGCUAUUAAAACUAUCUCAAGAUUGAAUAAGAUGAUGAUAAAACUGAGGGCAGAUCUUAGAAUUAUAGAUAUAUACAGGCUCCACAAGCAAAUUUAUUUGAAAGUUAUCAAAAUUAGGUCAAUGUGAGAUAAUUUAUUGACCCAGUUCUUGAUAGAUAACCAGAAAAUCUGUAUGUAAAGCAAGAUAUUGAUAGAGUAACACUGGAGGCUAUUGGAGAAUAGGACACUGUAGAAUUAAGAAAGAAAAUGAUGCUCCUUGAAAUGCAUAAGAAAAACGCAAUGAAGCAUGAACCAUAUCAAGAAACUAAUAAUAAAAGACCUGGACCAGGUCUAGAAGUAACUGCAAAUGAAAAAGAUGAACUUCUAGCAAGGAGAAAUUUUACUUGGACCAAGCCAAAAUUUGAUUUAACAUCAGCUAGAAUUUAGCUAGAAUUAGUAGACUGGAAAAAGGUUUUAUCAGUUUAUUGUGCUAAAAGUAGUUCAAGUGGAGUAUUUUUUGCAAGUUAAAUUCAUGGUGCUUUUGUUAUUAAAGCUUGUGCAGAUGUAGUCUCAUCAUUUUUCGCUUCUAAAUUAUACUAAAAACUGCACAUCCCAACACCUGAUAUAAGAGUUCUAGCUCAUCAGGAAAAAGAAUUUAAGUUUAUGCUACAUUCCCUCGAAAGAGUUUCAUUUCAUGAUGACACUCUGAGAUAUAUGAUUAGAAUACAUAUGGAUAGACCUUUCAUUCUACUCUAAGAAUAUAUACCAGCAGUAAGCUUGUAAAAUAUGGGAUAAAAGAGAGCAGAUAGAUGCUUUAACGUUGCCUAUCCAGAUGCUUCAAACAGAUUGAUAAAUAUAGGAAAGAUUAUAGCCGCUGAUUGCUGUGUAAAUAAUCCAGAUAGAAUGCCAAUGAUCUGGGAUAACCAUGGAAAUUCCACAAAUAUUCUAUUUGAAAUAAAUACGGAUGAGAAAAUUGAUGAUGAAAAAAUUGCAAAUAUGGAUUACUCUGACUUCUAGUUCUCUUCAGCUGUUGCAAUUGAUAAUAAAACUUUUAGUAUCCAUUAAAGAGAUAGAGCCUAAAUAAACUAUUUAAAAGACUAUAUUAAGAGAAUUGAGUCAUUUGUUGAGGCAGUAUUUACUGAUCUAAGGUUAAUCAUUAAUGGUGACGUGGCUGUACUUGAUUUUUACAAAAAUCAUACACUUUAUGAAAUUAAAGGAAGAGCAGCAUUUAGAAUUAUAGAGGGUAUUAUUAUAGGAUUCUUCAAUAUUUAAAAUGAGGGUUAUAAAAGUGCAUUGCAAGCUUAUGAAGAAACUAAAUAAGCUGUCUAAAAAGAUUGGAAAGAUGUUUGGAGUCACGGCCUUAAAGAAAUUGAGUUAGAGUUCUUUGAAUUAACUAUGAAUUCAGUUGAUAAAUAAAUGAAAGUAUAUGAAGAGGAGGUGAAGUGGGUCAUCAAAACGAACUUAUUUACUUUCGUUAUAGAUCACGUAAUUGAGGGCAAAGGUAGCUAUUUGAUUCAGAAAUUAAGAGAAGAAGAAGAUAAGACAGCAUUAUCUAGAAAUGAAGGAGGAGAUGGAAACUAUAGUGAGUAGAAUCAAAUCUAGUCCAGAUAAGAAAAUUAUUAAUGA